AUUUAAAAUGGCGGACGAAGUCUCUGAACUCUAAAUAAAAUCUUACGAGAAGAAGAAAGAUCAUAUACCAUCGUCCAUGAGUACAUUAAUACGUACUGGAUUUGUAAUUAGAAGAGUAUUUAGUACGAUGAAGAAGUUAGAGCCGUAUGAACCGCCAUCAUGGGCUUCGAUGCUUAAGAAUAUACCGACUCAUUACGUCAAGCUGGCACAAAGAAAUACCCCAAUUCACCCCUGGUAUCCUCCAGGUCUACCAAGCAGCUUUAGUUUGUCUAUCAAGAGGGAUGAUAUGACGGGYAGCACAUUAUCUGGUAACAAGGUACGAAAGCUAGAGUUUCUAUUGGCUGAUGCCUUGAUCAAGAAUUGUGACACUGUAUUUACUUGUGGAGGAGUUCAGUCAAAUCAUUGUCGGGCCACUGCAGUAGCAGCAAGACAGCUGGGACUGGACUGUUAUCUAUUUCUGAGACAUAAGGAAGAGGAUUCAUCUAUUGGAUUACCUGGCAAUGUUCUUCUUAAUCGACUUGUAGGAGCAAAACUUGUCCUCRUACCAAAUGAAAGUUAUCUCAAAAGUUUAAAACCUAGAAUGGAAAAAAUGGCUGAAAAACUAAGGAGUGAGAAAGGCAUGUCACCAUAUAUCAUUCCUGUUGGUGGGUCCAACUCUGUUGGAGUAUUUGGAUAUAUUACAGCUUUUGAGGAACUCAUACAACAGAAUGUUCUUGAAGAUUAUGAUGAUAUUGUAAUGUGUAUUGGUAGUUCGGGAACAGCAGCAGGAUUAGCAAUUGGGAAUUAUCUUACUGGCUCAAAGUUAAAAUGCCAUGCCGUGUGUGCUUGUGAUGAUGCCACCUACUUUUACCAGUGUAUCAAUGAAGAACUYGAUGCCCUUGGACUGAAUGUCACAGCCGAAGAGAUUAUAGAUAUCAUUGAGGGAUACAAGGGUGUUGGCUAUGCUCUGUCGACAAAAGAAGAAUUAGAGGACAUCGUUCGUAUCUCGUCCACAACUGGUGUCAUGUUGGACCCAGUAUAUACUAUCAAAUCAGUGCGUGGAAUGUUGAGCGAAAUGACAAAUAACCCUUCGAGAUUCAACGGACGAAGAGUACUGUAUCUACAUACUGGAGGGGUCUUUGGCCUGUAUGAUGGAAGAAUGGACAGCAUAAUCCAAGAUAUUACYGCCAAGUCAAGUCCCGUGACAGUAUGGAAGGAUUCCCUAGACAACGUCCCUAGCUGUUAGUGCUGAGUAAAACAGAUGACUCAGUGCAUGAUCAAAAGAUUUGGUUGUGGUAGUCACAUGACCAAGAGGAAUUGCUACACUUGGUGGUCACAUGACCAAGGGGAGGGAUGCACAUGGUGGUCACAAUGACCGAGGGGAGGGGUUGCACAUGUGGUCACAUGACCGAGGGGAGGGGUUGCACAUGUGGUCACAUGACCGAGGGGAGGGGUUGCACAUGUGGUCACAUGACGAGGGGUGGGGUUGUACAUGAUGGUUUGUAUUUGGUAACCUUGCACAUCAAAAGGAGGAUCGCAAACCAUACCAAGGCUAAGGUAUCAGGGUACCCCAAAAUUGCUAUGAAAGAUUGAUUUUUAGGUUUUUACAUUUUGCGAGAGAAUACACAAUAAACYAUUAUUUUCCCAAAACAUUUUCCAAUAGCGUUUUUUAAUAGCUAUAGAGAAAUAAACGAAAAUCGACUUUUUAGCUUUAAUAGUUUUCAAUUUAUUGUUGACAUCACUUGUCAACGAUCUGUCGUUACGUCUCUAUCAGCCACUGUUUUUUUACCUUGGACGCUUUUGGACCAUCGUUUUGAUUUGCUGCUGCUUGCUUGCUCUUCUCUUUAGUUAGACGUACAUUUAAAAAUAAAAAGUAUGUCCUGAGCGAACAAAACGUCUGAACUUGAAUAAUAGCGAUGAAUGCCUAAAAAAUCACUACUGAACGGUAGUGAAUAACAAAAGCUCAGUUAGGAAUUUAUCUGGACUUCCCGCCCUSAAUAACAAUAAUAAAGUAAUUCGAUCUU